GGGGGGGAGGCUGCCGCCAUCUUGGAUGCCGCGGAGGCCGAGAGAGGGGGGAGAGGGAGAGAGAGAGGGAAAAAAGAGAGAGAGAGAGAGAGACCCGGAGACUCCGGAGCCGCCGGAACCUGGCUGGAAAAGAGAGAGAGAAAGAGAGACAACAAGCGCCCAGGGGCCACUAGCGUCAACGCUCUAUAAAGUAUGAAGAGAGCCCCUCUAUAGUGAAGGAAACAUGGCAGACAAGAGGAAGCUACAAGGUGAGAUUGAUCGGUGUUUGAAAAAGGUGUCAGAAGGCGUGGAGCAGUUUGAAGAUAUCUGGCAGAAGCUCCACAAUGCAGCUAAUGCCAACCAGAAGGAGAAAUAUGAAGCCGAUCUGAAAAAAGAAAUAAAAAAACUCCAGAGAUUGAGGGACCAGAUCAAGACGUGGGUUGCAUCCAAUGAGAUUAAGGACAAAAGGCAGCUAAUAGACAACCGAAAACUCAUUGAGACGCAAAUGGAGCGGUUCAAGGUAGUGGAACGUGAGACCAAGACGAAAGCCUACUCGAAGGAGGGCCUGGGCCUGGCGCAGAAGGUGGACCCAGCCCAGAAGGAAAAGGAGGAGGUCGGGCAGUGGCUGACGAACACAAUAGACACCUUGAACAUGCAGGUGGAUCAGUUUGAGAGCGAAGUGGAGUCGCUGUCUGUCCAGACGCGCAAGAAGAAAGGAGACAAGGAUAAGCAAGACCGGAUCGAGGGCCUGAAGCGGCACAUUGAGAAACACCGGUACCACAUUCGGAUGCUGGAGACCAUCCUGCGGAUGCUGGACAACGACUCCAUCAACGUGGACUCCAUCCGCAAGAUCAAGGACGACGUGGAAUACUAUGUGGAUUCCUCGCAGGACCCUGAUUUUGAGGAGAACGAGUUCCUCUAUGAUGACCUCGACUUAGAAGACAUUCCACAGGCCCUGGUUGCCACUUCCCCACCCAGCCACAGUCACAUGGAGGAUGAGAUGUUCAACCAGUCAAGCAGCACGCCUACCUCCACCACGUCCAGCUCCCCAAUCCCACCCAGCCCUGCGAACUGCACAACAGAGAACUCUGAAGAUGACAAGAAACGGGGACGAUCCACAGACAGCGAAGUGAGCCAAUCCCCAGCGAAGAACGGUUCGAAAAGCCUCCACAACCACCACCACCAACCGCCUCCCACAAUCCCCACCAGCUACCCGAUGGGCGGCAGCUCCAGCACUUCGUCCUCGCUGGGGGACGGGCCUGGUUCCAACAGCAACGGGGCUGUGGCUGGCAGUGGGAACGCGAGCGGCAAAGCUAACCCUCCGGCAGGGCACGCACCCACCACCCCGACCCCUUACGCCCAGGCUGUGGCGCCCCCACCCACCAGCACCAAUGCCUCUCAGCCCCGGCCUCCCAGCACCCAGCAGAACGCCAGCAAGCAGAACGGAGCAACCAGUUAUAGUUCUGUGGUAGCGGACAGCAGUUCAGACUCCACGCUAAGCAGCGGCAACCAGGCAUUGCCCAAUCAGACGGCGUCGCACAACCCACCCAGCGCUUCUGUCAAAGAGCCCAGCGCAGCUCCGCAGCCACCGAGUGGUGGCAACGCCACUGGAUCCAGCCUCCUGGUGCCUCUGACUGCCAACCCUCCUGCCUCGCCCACGCCCAGCUUCUCUGACAGCAAGCCUGCCCAGACCCUGCUCAACGGGCCACCCCAGUUCAGCUCCACUGCAGAGAUCAAGGCACCUGAGCCUCUAAGUACAUUGAAGUCAAUGGCUGAGAGGGCAGCUAUCGGCUCUAGCAUAGAGGACCCUGUGCCAUCUCUUCAUCUCGCUGAAAGGGCUGAUAUCUUAAUUACGAGCACGACCUCCCAGCCAGCCUCCAACCAGCCCCCCAUCCAGCUAUCUGAGGUGAACAUCCCCCUUUCGCUGGGGGUGUGCCCCCUGGGGCCUGUGCCUCUCACCAAGGAGCAGCUCUACCAACAGGCCAUGGAGGAGGCUGCCUGGCACCACAUGCCUCAUCCUUCUGAUUCAGAAAGGAUCCGGCAAUAUCUGCCGCGAAACCCCUGCCCAACCCCUCCGUACCACCACCAGAUGCCUCCCCCACACUCCGAUACGGUGGAGUUCUACCAGCGCCUCUCUACAGAGACCCUUUUCUUCAUCUUCUACUAUUUGGAGGGCACGAAGGCACAAUACCUGGCAGCGAAGGCGCUGAAGAAGCAGUCCUGGCGCUUCCACACAAAGUACAUGAUGUGGUUCCAGCGGCACGAAGAACCCAAGACCAUCACUGAUGAAUUUGAGCAGGGCACUUACAUCUACUUUGACUACGAGAAAUGGGGCCAGCGCAAAAAGGAGGGUUUCACCUUUGAAUACCGCUACCUGGAAGACCGGGACCUGCAGUGAUGACCUGGGGCCAGCAGGGGGUGCCAAGCCUUCCUUUCCAGAGACAACUGCGGUGCGCUUGGGGAAGCAGCAAAGGAAGACCAACCAAUACACAUCACCCCCCACCCCACCCGUCACAACCGUGGGGGAACGGGGCGAGCUGCACGUUUUUUAAAAAAAAAUGCAUGCAAGUUUUAAAAGUGACCGCGGGACGGAGGAGGAGGGGCGGCAGUGGCGGGAUUCUCCUCUGCCUUUUCCUUGCUCUCUUCUGCCUGUAAUGCAUACGAAGAGGUCGGGAAAAAGGGGAAAUGCUCUUCAUGUGCACCAGAUUCGGGUGAGAGAGUGGAGAUUAAAAAAGAAUUUGAGAAUCCCACCAAAAGAGUGACUUUCCCCCAAUCUACAUUUUUGUGUGUCUUCUAAAUUGGAGAAUUUAUUAUGCUCCUUCCGCCACCAAUUGCAGCAAACACCAACGUCCUGUCCUCCUUUGCCCUCCUCGCCAACCUCUCAAGUGCAGACGUCACCCCCAAUUUGGCUGCCAUCAUAUGCCCAAGUGUGUGACAGACAAGGGCACAGGGCUCUAUAAAUAUCCCCAAUAGUCAGAAGUGUUGGGAACAGUUCAGGGUGACUUUGCUCCAACCUUUGCCUAGUUGCCACUGCUGGAAAUGGCAAAAAGCAAAAUGACGUCAACUUGUUACCAACCAGUGAAGUCAGCCGGCUGCCAGAAAGGAUCCCAGCACAAAGUAAUUUGUGGACUGGUACUUUCUGUCAACAUUUUAUAGGCCGCCAUAUUUUUUCACUUGCUUCUGCGGGUGAUGUUGUCGAGGGAACAAAACGCCACCUGUCCUCUUCAAUUCAGUUUGGAAAAAUCCCCAAAGCUCCCUUUCCUGACUGGAACUUUGACUUAAGGGAGUAUAUCCCCAACCCACCCCCACUGCUGCUUCUCUCCCAACCCCACACCCCACCCCGUUUUCCAAAAUUUUGUUGCCACCCUAAAUUUGGUAUCCGAGCUCAUAUCUUAAUCUGCUGCUCCUCCCACAGAGAGACCCUCCCCCUUGAUGACUUGCAAUUUAUUCCUGAUUGGAGGGGAAAGACUUGGGGAAACCCAGAGAGAGAGAUGGAAAGACAGCUGUGUCCCACCAUCUCCCUCCUCAUGCAGCCCCCUGAACUGGAGCACCCCGCCCAUGCCGCUGUUUAAGAUAUUUUUUCGUAAGCCUAUUUUCGUUUUGGAAAAUAUUUAUGAAUAAAUAGUUUUAUAUGAA